GUGUUUGUAUUUCUGACCGUGAGCCCGAGUCUGCACAUCCAGUGCGUCGCCCGCGUCACGCAGCUGCCGCCUGCGCCGGCCGACGAGGCGUCGAUGACGCCGCUGGAUGCAAGUACGCUGCCACACAGCGAGUGGCGCCAUGCGAUCGGCGUGCAGUGGCUCCGGACGGCCGAGAUCCCGUACGAGACCGCCGACACGAUCCCGACGACGACCGACACGCCGCUCUCCAAGACACUCAACGGCGCGACGCUCGUCAAGGAGUGCGGCCAUGGGCUCAUGCACAAGCUCUUCUUCCACCCGAUGAUCCGGCUGCACCUGAAAUCGGUCGAGGACGAGAUGAAGCUGCCGGGCGGCGCCCUCGAGCUCGCGACGCGCCGCCGCAUGGCGGCCGAGUCCGUCGCGGGCUUUGUGGACCCGUCAAUUCCGCUGGCGCCGCCCGCGCACCGGUGGCAGGUCAACCUCCCGGGGUUUGUCUUUGCGUGCAACGGUACCACGAUCGACGAAGUGUUUGGGCGCAUGCUCUUUGGGCUGGCCAAAGACCACGAGCAAGUGGCGGCCAAGAACGUGCGCCCCGGGGCACCGCUCUUUCUGCUCAACAUGUCGGACCGCCAUGUGCUCGGUAUGUUUGAAGCCGUGACGCCGAUCGUGCCCAACAUGGUGCCGAACGCCUUUGCGCACAGCCCGAAUGUUCCGUCACCGUUCCCGAUCCAAGUCCGAUUUCAGAUUGUGUUGAACGCACCGCCGGUCCUCAACGACCACCUCAAGAGCCUUCCGGGCCUCGAGCGCGGGAUUCGCAUCGGGCCGCUCACACUCGCCGCCACGCAAGCCCUCGCCAACGUCUUUGCCGAGCGCUGCGGCGCGACCAACCUCGGGCCCAACGGCGAGCUGCUCACGCCCGUCGAUCCGUCGACGAUGCCGGGUGCGCCGACGACGGCACCACCGACCAUGACAACAUCCGCACCACCAUCAACAACGACAACGACGACGACGACGACGACGGCAACCGGUGAGCUUUUGGAGAAGAUUCCUGUGGGCAUCGAAGCCGACCACGAGUUUGGCCCCGUCCGCCGCAUCAUCGGCCCCGCCGGGUCGUACAUGAAGCGCAUCAUUGCCGAUGCGGGUGGGAACGCCAAGGUGCGCCUGCGCGGGCGUGGCUCCGGCUACGAGUCGAAUGGGAAAGACGCGGACGAGCCGCUCGUGCUGCUCGUCUCGGCGGCCAACGAGCAGAGCUUUCGCAUUGCGUGCGCCGCGUCCCGGGACCUCCUCGCGUCCGUGCACAACGACUUUCAGGCCUUCUUGCAGAAGGGCAGCCGCGGCGGCCCGCGCUUCCAACCGGGCUAUGGCGGGCCGCCGCCGCCGUUUGGCGGUCGUGGCAUGCGUCCACCUUUCUGGGGGCCACCGGGCGGCCCGCCGCCGCGAGGACCGCCCCCCGGGGGGCCGCCCAGCGGGGGGCCACCGCGAGGCCCGCCGCCGCGCCGACACAACGACUGA